AUGGCCUGGCCCUACCAUUUUGUCGACUUGACGGAGGCGCAGAAGCAGCAGCGCCGACAAAAUCUCGACUUCUACGCCAUCGUUGCGCAGCUAUCUGCUCUCGCUCCACUACUCGCUAUCCAAUGCUACUUCCUCUGUUCCAAGCUGGCGAAUCGGAGUCGUGUGGACGAGGAUGUCCCCAGUUCUCCGCACCUCAAGAACGGACGACAUGGAGAACGUAGUGGGCUUUCCAAUGCGCGGUUAAUCUGGAGGAAACUUGCGUGGCGAUGUGGUGAGCCCGUGGAUGCUGCCGGUGGCUAUCUGGGACGAAGAGGGGAGGUAUCGGCUGCGGCAGUUUGGCUGGUCUAUCUACUGGUGCUUUGCUUCCCUCGAACGGGCGAUGACUACCUGCAUUUGACCAAGCGUUUCGGCAUCGUGGCGGCCUCCCAGCUACCCCUUCACUAUCUCCUGGCCAUCAAAUCACCCUACUCGCCCAUCACCCUUAUGACGGGCUGCACUCACGAGCGGCUGAACAUCAUCCACCAGCUGCUCGGCCGCAUCAUCACGAUCCUACUGCUUCUCCAUGCUUCCUUUUACCUCAACUUCUACGUCCGAUCCGGUCUACUAGCGGCCAAAGUCCAGGAAGCAUAUGUCGUCUGCGGCAUCGUUGCAAUCAUCAGUUUCGUGGUCAUCGGGACGACCACCCUGGCCCCCAUCCGGAAGAGGAGCUACCGAGCAUUUUACAUCAUUCACGUUACACUAUCGGCGGUGCUGUUGCCGAUAUUAUGGUUUCACGUCAGUCACAUCCGAGUCUUCGUGUAUGAAGCAGCGGCUGUAUACGCCCUGAAUGUCGGACUGCGCAUGCUCGACUCGAAGCAGCAAAGCGGAAGUCUCCGAGUGAUUCCCAACUCGAGCCUGGUCGAGCUAUCCGUGGACAACACUCGCCUCUCGGGAAAGAAGUGGCUGCGCGAAUGGCGCCCGGGGCAACAUGGUUAUAUCGCCCUCGUUGAUGGCAAUGUCCCAUACGCGCUGCGAAGAAAUCCCUUUUCGGUGGUGUCAGUCCCGGCCAUUGAUGGCCACCUGCGAUUUGUGGCUCGUAUUUUGAGUGGGAACACGACACGACUUGCACACCAAGCCAAGCUGGGCCAGACAAAUCACCGCGUACACAUCGAGGGGCCGUACGGAACGGGAAAUCACAUCGAUACCCUGCUCCAAUACGAUCGCAUACUACUGGUUGCCGGCGGAGUCGGAGCGACCUUUAUCUUGCCACUGUACCAGCAGCUACUCUCCGACCUCAGCCCAAGCAAAGGGAGCUACCGCAGACAAAAGGCGACUUUUGUGUGGAUCGCACGGUCCAUGGCAGAUGUGACUUGGGCGCUGCCCGAAUCCACUACAGCAAGGGAAGGCUUCGCGGAGAGGCUGAAGAUCUACUUGACGGGGAACGUCACCAACGACGCGGAGAUAGGGGACUCGAGAUAUGCGAUUAGGGAGAGGGUGGAAGAAGGAAGGGCAGUGUACGCCGAGAAUCAAGAGGGCAUUGAAUUAGAAGAGCGCAAGGGCCUUCUGGGAGAAGAAAAAGUCGAGUCGGGCGGAGGAGAUGUACAGAUCUACGCGGGGCGGCCGGAUCUUAGGAGGCUCGUUGACCGCACAUUCUCGCACCGCGACUCGGAGCGCGUGGCAGUGGUGGUAUGUGGACCCGGUGGCCUCAAUCGCGGUCUACGAAGGGAAGUUGGAAGAUGGGCGGCGAAGGGUAGAGCGGUGUGGUUUUGGGAGGAGCAUUUUGCGCUUUGA